AUCAGUUUGUCAACUUAAUUUACAAGGUUUUUGGUACAAUGAAGAAGAUUGUCUUCGAUUGUGUCAUUCAUCACUUGGUAUUCAAUGUAAAGUACUUAUGAUUCAAGUAAAAAAUCGUCAAAGUAUUAGUAUUCUUGUUAACAAUAUGAACCAUCUUCAAGCAUUGCAUGUUGAAUGUAAAGAUGAUCAAUACUCGAAACAGUUGUUAUCAGGAGAAAAUGUUGAUGAAUCAAACAAAGAUGAACUUAUUCAAUGGUUAAUCGAUCAUUUCCCAUCAUGCUAUUUUAUUGUUAGAGAUUCAGAUCCUCUUAAUUGUAUUCAAAUAUGGAUUCAAUAA